AUGAACCCCGACCUUGACUUCACCUACUCUGAAAACACAUACUACUGCAAGCUCUGUCCCCUAGCGAGGGGGACAACGCAUUGGAGUCGCCAUGUCCGUUCCGCGGCCCACCAACGGAACGUCGAGCGGCUCGAGACCGCUAGCCGGCCAAUUUCUCCUCCGAGGCCGAUUUCUCCGGACCCCAUCGCGGCAGCAAGAGCUCCACCCGCGCAAGCAGAAGACGCUGUAUUCCACGUUGGCGGCCCGGGCUUAUUUGAACUCAACAAAGACCCCCCCAUCUCUGCCCCUUAUGUCCAGGGAUUCAUCGCCGCCCUCGCGGCGGACCAUAGACCCAUUGCCCAGGCCCACUACUCACAGCUCCGUUCAGACCUCAUGGCCAUCGCUUGCCACAAGGGGGAUCGCAUCCCCGAAGAAGAUGCUCCGGUCGUGUGGACCGAUAAGAGGUCCAACCGGGUGGACAGAAGUGGCUGGUUCCCGUUCAAAAGCAAACUCGACCUUGUUGCUUCCUUGGUGAUCGUCUAG